AUGUUCAAACCUAAAAAUAAUAAUAAUAGUUAAUCAGAAUUAAAAUAACAAUCUGAAUCUAAUAAAUAAUAAUAAACAGAAAAAUAAAACAAUUUUGAAAAAAAAUAAUUGUAAAAAGCUAAAAUUAAUAAAAAAUAAAAAAAUGAAUCAAUCAAAUCAAACUCAAACUAAAUUAAUGAAGAUUUGGCUUUCUUAGAAUCUCUUAUAAAAAAUAACAAAGAACUGGAAAAAAAAAGCAAUACUGUGAUAGUGUUAGAAAAGAAAUCUGAUGAGAACUAGAAUAUACUAGGGCCAGCUUAUAGUGAAGGAAUAAAACUUGUGAAAAAUAGAUUCCAAGACAAUUCUGCAAUAAGAUUACUAGGAAAUUGGCAAGAAGGUUAAACUUAAUAAACAUAACCUCCUACUAUAAGGAUUGAUGAACAAUUCCCAGAAAAUGAAUAUCCUAUUGGUGAAAUUCAAAAUUACCAAAAAGAUUAAGCUUUUAGAACGAGUUCAGCUGAAUUAAAAGAAAAGGAUAAACUGAUGGAUAGCUAGAUUAAAUGCUUAAGAAAAGCUGCAGAAUGUCACAGGUAAGUUCGUAAAUACUGUCAACAGCUAAUAAGACCUGGUAAAAAAUUAAUUGAUAUAUGUGAAUCAAUAGAAGAAAUGAGUAGAUUCCUUGUCAGAGAGAAUGGUUUAGAUGCAGGAAUUGCUUUUCCAACAGGUUGCUCUCUAAAUAAUAUUGCUGCUCACUAUUCUCCAAAUAAUGGUGAUAUUACAACAAUAGAAUAUGAUGAUGUUUGUAAAAUUGAUAUAGGAGUAUAAGUUGAAGGUAGAAUAAUUGAUAGCGCUUUUACUGUUGCCUUUAAUCCAAAAUAUGAUAAACUUUUGGAAGCUGUUAAAGAAAGCACAAAUGUUGGAAUUAAGGAAGCUGGCAUAGAUGUAAGGAUUCCAGAUAUCGGUGCUGCAAUUUAAGAAGUCAUGGAAAGCUAUGAAGUUGAAAUAGAUGGAAAAAUUUAUCCUGUUAAGCCUAUUAGAAAUCUAUGUGGUCACUCAAUAGAAUACUAUAGGAUACAUGGUAAUAAGAGUAUCCCUUGUAUUAAAUCUGGACCUAACGUUAAGAUGGAAGAAGGUGAGUAAUAUGCAAUAGAGACUUUUGGAGUCAUAAAUGGUAAAGGAAUUGUAUAUGAAGAUGGUGAGUGCUCUCAUUAUAUGAAGGAUUUUGAAAAAACUUCUGUGCCUAUAAGAUAACCUAAAGCUAAAGCUUUACUGAAAUUUAUAGAUCAAAACUUUGAUACACUAGCUUUUUGUAGAAGAUGGUUAGAUAGAGGAGGCUAGAAUGGGCAUAUUAUAUCUCUGAAAUAAUUAUGUAAUGCUGGAAUUAUAAAUGCAAUUCCUCCACUUGUUGAUAUCAGAGGUUCAUAUGUAGCUUAAUACGAGCAUACAUUAAUACUUAAACCUUCUCAUAAAGAGGUUAUCUCUCGUGGAGAUGAUUUUUGA